AUGUUAAUAUUUUACCUUCUCCAAACAAUAAUAAAUUUUUUUCCUGACCCGUGUAACGGUCCAAAUUGUGGGAUCUGCCCUUCUACUUGUAAUUGCCCAGAAGAAUGUGGAUGUACUAACACAAUAAUUAAUAAUAACCAAAAUUAUCAGCAACAAUAUAAUCAAUGGUUUAAAGAAUAUGGACAACAACAAUAUGGGCAAUAUAACCAAUAUUAUCAAAAUGGAGGGGGUGGAGGAAGUGUUGGGGGAGCUUUUACAACAUUACAAUGUUUUAGUGGUGAUCAAUUAGUAAAUACUCCAAAAGGAGAAAAAAGAAUGGAUGAAUUGAAAAUUGGAGAUUUGGUUUUGUCUGUUGAUGAAUCUUUGGUAGCUUAUUCUCCAAUUUUAAUGUUUUUACAUCGUUUGCCAAAUGAAAAAGCAAAAUUCAAAAUAAUAACAACUUUAGAAGGGCAACAAUUAAAACUUACAGAAUUUCAUUUAGUUUGGGCUGGUUGUAGUAAUUUAAGAUUAAUUAGAGCAAAAGAUUUAAAUAACGGGGAAUGUUUAUAUACUGUUAAAAAUAAAAGAAAUAUAACUUCUUUAAUUAAAUCAAAAGAAAUGAUGAGAUUAUCAAGUACUAAAAUUAUAAAAAUAAAUGAAAUUGAAGAGAAUGGAAUUUAUGCUCCUUUGACUUCGAAUGGAAAUAUUUUAGUUAAUGGUUUAUUAGCUAGUUGUCAUUCUAAUAUUGCUGCCCAAACACUUCAACAAACUUUUUUCCGUUGUUGGCAUUUCCUCCAUCAAUUAUUGUUUGAUGGAGGGAAUUACAAAAGUAAUUUAGAAAAUGAAAUUGAAGAAUUUUUAGAAGAAAAAGAACUUCCAUUUGGAAUUAGAUUUCUUACUUCUAUUUUAGAUAUAUUAUUACCAAAAACAUUAAUACCUACAUAA